GCCGCCGCUGCUGCGUCACGGCCCCGCCGCCGCCGCCCGCCCGCAGCGGCCGCUCGGGGUCGGGGCUGGGGGGGCCGCGACCCCCCCCGGGACGGGCAGGAGACCCUCGGGACCCCCCCGCUGCCGGCCCCCCGGGAUGUGAUGGCGGCCGCGGGGGAGGGGUCUCCCCCCCAGAGCCCCCCGAAGCCCCCCCAGAUCGGGGAGGGCCAGGACGUGCUGGCGCGCUGGACGGACGGGCUGCUCUACCUGGGCGUCGUCAAGAAGGUGGACGCUCCCCGCCGGGGCUGCCUGAUCCAGUUCGAGGACAAUUCCCAAUUCUUCGUGCUCUGGAAAGACAUCAGCCCCGCCGCCGUGCCCGGGGCCUCGCCCUCGUGCUGCGUCUGCGCCGGGAAUUCCCCAAAUCCAGAAAAUUCCCUGGUGAGGUGCGGGAAAUGCGGCCACGCGUAUCACCAGCGCUGCCACGUUCCCCCUCCCCCCGGCGGCGCCGGGCCCUGGAGCUGCCGCCGCUGCGUGUUCGCCGUGGCCACCAAGCGCGGGGGCGCGCUCCGGCGGGGCCCGCAGGCGCGGGCGAUGCUGAGGAUGAAGUCGGCGCUGCCGUACGCGCUCGGGGCCCUGGACUGGGACCCCCCGCACCUGCACAACCUCCAGCACUGCUACUGCUACUGCGGCGGGCCCGGACACUGGAACCUGAAGAUGCUGCAGUGCUGCCGCUGCUGGCAGUGGUUCCACGAGGCCUGCACCCAGUGCCUCUCCAAGCCGCUGCUCUACGGCGACAGGUUUUACGUCUUCGAGUGCAGCGUCUGCCGGGGGGGAGCCGAGAGCGUGCGGAGGCUGCCCCUGCGCUGGGUGGACGUGGCUCACCUCCUGCUCUACCACCUCAGCGUCUGCUGCAAGAAGAAAUAUUUCGACCUGGAGCGGGAAAUUCUCCCCUUCGCCAAUUCCAACUGGGACGCGCUGCUGCUCGGCCCGCUUUCGGGCACGCCGAGGUCGGAGCGGCGCGGGCGCCUCCUGGGGGCCCUGAGCAGCCACAAGGACAGCCUCUCCCCAGGGCGGGGGAAGGGCGGGGGUCGCCGGCGCCCCUCCCCCCGCGGCUCCCAGGACCCCCCCGGCGGCUCCUACAACUUCAGGAGGACCCAGGCCCGGAGCCCCCCCAGCCCCCCCAUCCGGAUGUUCGCCUCCUUCCACCCCUCGGCCAACACCAGCCCCAGCUCUCCCACGCCGGACCCGGACCCCGCCCCUCCCCCCGCGCGCCGCCGGCCCCUCCCCCCACCCGCUUCCUACCUGCUGGAGUGGGGGGGCGGGGCCAUGCUCUGA